AUGUUUAGAUCAUCUUGUAUUGGAAUAAGGAGGGCUAUUAGACCAUGGGGGCUCAGACAGUUUCAUAAUACGCUGCGAUGGAGCGAAUCGGAAAAAGGAGUGGUGGAUGGAUCAAAGUUAUUAGCGAAAUUAGAUAUGCUUGGAUUAUCAUCAAAACCCGCCAAUAAUAUCGAAUCAGUAUUGGAAAAUGGAAUACAGCUUUCCAAUGGGAUUGUGAUUAAAUCUCCAGGCAAGGAUAAAGAGAUUGUUGGGGCUUUAUUGUUGGGAAGUGAGGCGUUUGAAUUGAAUCUCAGUGGGAAAGACAAUCAACAACCGAUCUUCAACAUCAUUAAUAAUUUCUUGGUGGAAUUUUCCAAUGAAUCAUUGAAUAUUUUCAAAUUAGUGCAUCCGAAACCCGAGCUUGUAGUGGUGGGACUCGGAAAGAAGUCGAGAAUAUUGCACGAAUCGAAUCGAAAGUUUUUCAAUAGUUUAGGAAUCCAGAUCGAAAUCGGUAAUACCAGAAAUGCCUGCCAGAGCUUUGAUUUGCUAGCCACCGAAAGGCCUAAUCAAAUUGCCGCCCUUAUAUUGCCACCAAAUAUAUAA